AUGGAUUCCCAGAUGGAUGGGAACCACACUGCAGUGACAGAGUUCAUUUUAUUGGGCCUAACUCAUGAUCCAGUCCUUCGAGUCGUCCUCUUCAUCAUCAUCCUGGGCAUCUACCUGGUGACUGUAUUGGGAAAUCUCUGCACAAUCCUUCUCAUCAGAGUCUCCACUCAGCUCCACCACCCCAUGUACUUUUUCCUCAGCCAUUUAGCUUUUGCUGACAUAGGCUAUUCAUCUUCUGUUACACCUAAUAUGCUGGUUAACUUUCUGGUGAAGAGAAAUGCAAUCUCCUACUUAGGAUGUGGCAUUCAGCUUGGGUCAGCUGUUUUCUUUGGGACAGUUGAAUGCUUUGUUCUAGCUGCAAUGGCCUAUGAUCGCUUUAUGGCCAUCUGCAACCCCCUGCUGUAUUCAACCAAAAUGUCCACAGGAGUCUGCGUGCAGUUACUUGUAGUUGCUUACAUAGGAGGUUUUCUAAAUGCUUCCUCCUUUACCCUUUCCUUCUUCGGUUUAAUCUUCUGUGGACCCAAUAGAGUUAAUCAUUUCUUCUGUGAUUUUGCUCCUUUAGUCAAGCUCUCCUGUUCUGUAGACAGUAUUUCCAUAGUUAUUUCCACUUGUUCUGCGGGAUCUAUAAUUUUGUUCACAGUGAUUGUCAUAGCCAUCUCCUACAUCUACAUCCUCAUCACCAUCAUGAAGAUGCACUCCACGGAAGGACGCCACAAGGCCUUCUCCACCUGCACCUCCCACCUCACUGCGGUCACUCUAUAUUAUGGGACCAUUACAUUCAUUUAUGUGAUGCCCAAGUCUAACUUCUCUACUGACCAGAACAAGGUGAUAUCUGUGUUCUACAUGGUGGUGAUCCCCAUGUUGAACCCCCUGAUUUACAGUCUGAGAAAUAAUGAGAUAAAGGGGGCAUUGAAGAGACAGCUUGGUAGUAAAAUAUCUUUUUAG